CAGGCCAGCGUCCGUCCGGCGUGCCCAUCAGGACAGCGACUAACGCGUUGGAUACCCGCAGGAGGACGGACCAGAUUCGACAGUAACGGCGAGCCAACCGGCUUGGAGCAAAGAGACCUCGACCGAGUGCGGGAGGUAAUGGCACAAGCACUGGCGCCGUCGACUGCCGAGACCUACGGCGCGGGCCUAGUCGCUUUCCAUGCAUUUUGCGAUGAGCGCCAGCUAGCGGAAGAUCAGCGAGCGCCAGCGUCGGCCACCCUCAUGCUGGCCUUCCUCGCCGCACUGGCAGGCAUAUACGCGGGAUCCACCAUCGUGAACUACUUCUAUGGCGUCCGCGCGUGGCACCUCAUCCACGGCGUGGCCUGGGAUAUGGACGACGCAGCCAUGCAGUCCAUGCUGCGGGCCUCGGUUCGCCUGACACCGGCCGCUUCGAAACGAAAGAAGCGCGAGCCCUACACAAUCGACAUCAUCUGCGCCAUCCGCGAGCAGCUAGACCUUCAACAGGGUUAUGACGCCGCGGUGUAUGCCUGCUUGACAGUCGCAUUCUAUGCGUGCGCGCGGGUAGGAGAGCUCACAGUACCCAACCGAAAGGACUACAAGCCGACCGCGCACCCCAGACGAUCCGACCUCGGGAGUGCCGAAGACCGGAACAUGUUGCGCCAGCAGACCCUGAACCUGCCCCGGACGAAGUGCUCGCACAACGGCGAACAGAUCCACUGGGCACAGCAAGACGGACCGACGGACCCCGUAGCCGCGCUGGCACACCACCUCCAGGUCAAUGACGUCGGCGAAGGCGAGCACGUUUUCGCAUACCGGUCGCGCAACGGGCAAGUAUGGCCUUUGACCAGGAAGGCAUUUCUAGGGCGCAUUCGCUCCGCCUGCGAGGCUGCGGGCAGAGCACCUCUCCAAGGGCACGGGAUCCGAAUCGGCGGAACCCUCGAGUACCUCCUACGAGGUGUUCCCUUUGAGGUCGUAAAGACCAAAGGGCGUUGGGGAAGC